CCGUUGCGUAAAUGCCUUCAGCUGAAACAUGUCUCACCUGUGAGAGGGAUGGAGGCUUGGUGGUUUUCCCUCAGGGCGAGUUUGACACAUAAGACAACAGAAAUGAAUGUAUGCAAAUCACCUCAUAGGUGUUUACCCUGCAGUUACAGGACAGAGCUUUUUAUAUUUUAAAUCUAAAUCUGUCAACGGUUUAGAUAUUUCUGUGAAUGUAGCCUCUUUACUACUACUUACAUGUUUAGCCCAUUUCUCAUGAUCAUAAUUUGCACUCUAAAUUGUUUUAAAAACCUUUUUGAAGCUUUAAGUAGGUAAGUUUAGCUUUAAUAGUGGAAGUGCAACUUUACACACACACACACACACUCUCUCUCUCUCACACACACACACACACACACUCUCUCUCACACACACAGUACAUUCUUGGCUCUGAUUGGCUGUAGCUGAAGCUGUGCAGAAUUUGCAUAUAGCAGACUGUAACGCUCACAAGCCUGUGCACCCACAGGAGGAAAGAAUCCAGCAAUGAACAGGUAGGUCAUUGUUUUGCUUUCUGUUCAGACUCCGUCCUCCUUGCCUCUCUUUUGCUCUGCUGUAUAAAAGAAGCAUACGUUUUUAUGUGGUUUGUACUUAUUAAUACCUGCAUGGCACAAAAUGUCUCAAGAUGUUCUCACUGUAGAUGUAUGUAUGAAGCACUCACUGAAGUUUUCAAGUCGUUUUUCAUCAUGUUUUCUAGCCCUUAUCCAGGUCGUUCUCUCCUGGCUAGAUCAUUUCUUGUGUUGUAUCUACUCUUAGAUGCUAAAUGAAAUUGCAGAAUAAAACAAAACUUGCCUGCUCUGUUACUUGCAGGACUCUCCCCAAAAUAAGAUGAAGAAAUCUGAAGGACCAGAGCUCAGUGUGUUGGCCAACACAAAUGAGUCAGAAAACUUCCUCCGUCUUAUGAGCCCUGAAGUCACGGUAAAUCAGAUGUUUCACGCUAAUCCACAUCAUAAUAACGUGAUACCGACCUGCCGCAGAAGCCCAUGUGGACAAGUGAACCAGGAGUUUAGGAGACAGUCUGCUCACGUUGAGCUGAUGCAGCAACCAGAAGCUGGAGGUGCCACUUCUGCCCGGAUAAAUCUCCAUCAUCAACCUCUCGCAGGCUUCUCUCUGGAUCCUCUAGAAAACGUGCAAAGUGGAACGAGAGGAGAGUGCCGCUGUUGGGCCUGUGCACCUAAAGACUUUGGGACGAAAGAACCUGCAAACAGAGACACAACCAGUGGGGAGGAUGAAUUCAAUUCUCAGAGUGACAUAGAGGAGGAACUGGAGCCUCCUUUACCGCUGAGAGCUGACAAUGAGUGGCCACAGUGGAAUCCCUUUUUAAUUCCUCACCACUACAUGCACAACCACGAUCUCCGUCACUCAAUGGAUGUGAGGAAUUACAACUCGGCAGCAGAAGGCCAGUGCAACUUCAACUCUGUCAGCAGAUACUUUCCUGAGCCGAAUCAUUCCGCUCCCUGCCUGCACAGGAGAGCACAGAAAGAGCCGCAAAACUGGCUCCAGCAUCAUGACGGCUUCAUGUGUGACAGCGUCACAGUAAACGUGCCUCAGUUCUCCGUCCCCCCUGUUGAAGGAGUUUCUCAGGUCAGCGUGAUGAACCUGAACUCAGCAGGAGCAGAAGAGUCAGCCUCACAUCCACAGGACAAAAGGAGAACCGUCAGUGUGCCAGAUGAGUGCCGUAACAUUUUUAUAACUUACUCCUCGGAUGUGUCCUCAGAGAUGGUCCCCUUUGUGGACUUCCUCACCAAGCAAGGCUUCAGACCUGCCAUGGACUUGUUUGACAGUCCCAUCAGACGCAUGGACAUAAACCACUGGAAGGACAGUUACCUGAAAGAUCCGUCAACUCUGAUUAUCAUCGCCAUCAGUCCCAAGUAUAAGGCAGACAUUGAAGGAUCUGUGGUGGACAACCAUGGUCUACACACUAAAUAUAUUCACUCACUGAUGCAGACAGAAUACAUCCAACAAGGCAGCCUGAAUUUCAGAUUCAUACCGGUUCUCUUCCUCGGUGCAUCUCGGACGCAUGUCCCGUGUUGGCUCCAGAACACGCGUGUUUACCGCUGGCCACAGGACACUGAGGAUUUGUUGCUGCGGCUGCUGAGGUUGGAGCGAUACAUUCCUCCUCCUGUUCCGGUGGAGCUCACAGUCCUCAUCAGGCCUGUGAACUCCAGUGCUGCUGCUACACUGUAAAGACACAUCAUUGUUCGAUGUCUGAACUCAUUUUAUGAACUUGUGCAUCUCAGAAUUUAUCCAGUGUAAGUCAAUAAUAGCUUUAGUUGUAUUUUAUCUAAUGUACAGUUGUUGUUUUUUGCAGAUGUUUCAAUAAAGCCUUUUCUCUGUGUAUCUUUACACGACAUAGAGACUUUGGCUAAGCUGUUAUGAUUUUGAUUAUAUUUUACUCAGAAUUCUGGCUGAGUAAGCAGCUGUAUAAGCUGUGUUCACUCCUGCACAAAAUGUUUUUGUUUUACUGGAAGCCAUCACAGAUAUUUUACUGGGAAAACAGGGAAAAUCCGUACAAAAAGCUGUACGGACCUUAAUCAGUGCUCAGUCUUUCUGCAAAAACUAGUCACUCAGACAGAUUCCAAAUGAAAACAACCGACUUUAUCUUGACUGACGCAAUUUAUAAACCAUGUUUUUCUCUUUUUUUAACGUUGUUUGGUGUUGAUGGCCAGCAGUGAGAUUACCACGGAAACCUGGCUCGGUGAAAGGAGCAUAAAUUUUGGGCCAUAAAAACGUCAGUGUUAGUUUGUCUUGACACCAUAGAGGAAUGUCUUUGGUUAUUAGAGCACAAGGUAUGUUGGCAGCAGCUCUAGGGAUGAAAACUAACCUGUCAGUCCACCAUAUUGGUUAUUGUCUUGACUGCUGUUUCACCAGAACUGGUAUUCACAGUAACAUCUGUGCAUUACAUCUAACUACAUUAUAUGUGCAUGUUAGCAUUGUCAUGAAGGCUUACAGCUCCACAACAACUCCUGUUUUUUUUUUUAGUUUUUUAGUUUUCUAGGGAAAACGUGCUUUUCUAUUCACUUAUGUUUUACUCAUUGAGCUGCAAGACUUGCUGUGAACCAUUUCUGCAAUAUUUUAUGCAUACAGCAAAUACUAAUAUAGCAGUUAAAGCUGUUGCACGUUGCAGAAAGUGUCACAAGAUGGCACUGUUUAAUGCUGGUUCAUUGGUGAAGUCAUUUAUAAAUUUGGAAACAUGUUUGUUAUGAGGAUGCCAAGCCCUGAGGGUGGUGGAUGAUUAACAUAAACUCUGAAAAUAAGGCAAUAUUACAGAAGAGGAGGCAGAAAAUGUGAGAAUAUUGUUUGUUGCUCAUCAGCAAAACUCCUCUAUGUUGUUGUCGUCCAUUUCUGAGCUCGGACACCUGACUUGUUGAUUAGUGGGCAGACUGCAGCAGCAACCAGUAGAGGUGCCCAGUUUGGCCGGCUGAUCUUACACACCCUUCAACCGCCAAAAAAGGCCUGCCAGAGCAGCUGGUGCUCAGAGCUCCAGCUAAGAAUAACCUGGACUUUCAGGCGUGUAGAGUUACCCUGCAGCCUCCCCGCUCUGUGCUCUGACCUAUACCCAUGUGAGGCACCAAUAACACUGGGUGGGAUAUUCUGCCUGUUGCCCUCACCCUACCCAGCCCUGUGCUUAGCUUGGCUCUUUCCUCCCCUGCGUUGCUUUCCGUUGCCCCACCGUUCCCAGACCUCCCGCUUCAAUGCUGCCGCACUGGCAGCUCCAAAUUCCCCAUCACCUUUAAGUUUACAAUUUUACGCUUUAUUUUCCAUUUUCUUCUUUUCUUUUGAUCUGUCUUGGAGAAAUUCAAUCUGUGGAUGCCAUGGAUAAAGAAACAAGACUGUAGCCACCAAAUGGAAAUGGAAUAAUCUACUAACUUGGACGUUUUUUUUUUACUUAAAACAUUGAUGCUGGUUGGAUUUAGUUCUGCAUGAGGAGGCUUCGCCCCCAACUCAGCGGAUCCUACCUGAAAUAGUCUCCACAUCACCAUGGCUGAAGGUACAACUCUUACACCUGUUUUCUCAACCACUGUUGGUCAGAUUUACUGUCAGAAAUCCUUGAUUAUUUAUGCUGUGUAAUAAAUAAAUGGAAAUGUUUUGAUAAGCAGUGCCCCCUUAGGAAGAUGUGUUGAAAGUAGGUUGCUAUAAAUACAAGAUAUCAUGUAGCCGGAGUAUUAGGAUGGCUCUGCUGUGACAGACAUGCUGCAGCUGACCCCUGGGUUUCCAACCCUGGUGGAAGACGAACUCUUUGCUUGAAUAAAAGCACCGAAUCAGUGUCAUCAGCAAAGUUAAAGCGUCAACAACAAAAGUAUUGAUUCUGGAGUAAAAUAUUCCCUGUGUGUGGCAAAUUAUUACCUCCGCCAGGAGGUUAUGUAAUCACCGGAGUUUGUCUGUUUGUCUGUUAACAGCAUAACUCAAAAGGUCAUGGACGGAUUUUCACCAAAUUUUUACACAAUGUCCGGAAGAGCAAAAGUAACAAUCGAUUAGAUUUUGGAGGUGAUCCGGAUCACCGUCUGGAUCCAGGAUUUUUUUGAAGGUGUACAAAAAAUCAUAUAGUCCUUCAAAAAAAUCAAGUCUCCUUCUUGUCUUUGAAACAAAUGGUCCUUCAAUAUGAAAUGUUUUGUCUGUUGAAUCUUCAGAGCUUUAGCGGUCAUGAAAAGUCCAAUACCAUGCAGUUUUCCUUCAGAAUUUUUACAAAUGUUUGGUGGAACACUGAUGCCAUCUGUCCUGAACAAUUCAGUUGAUUGAAGGAGCUGUUUUGAGUUCUUUUCAUAACACAGCAUUUGCAUAUGAGGAAGUGAGUCAUGAGUCGGGCAUGAUCAGAGUUCAUUCACAGUUUGAAGGUGUCUCUAACACCUUGGCACCAGGUCCAGGUUGGAAACCAGAGCAGAACAGAUACUCUCACACCCUGUCAGCUGAUGGCAUCAAAGCAGUCACCAAACGCUGUCACAGGCAUUUUUCACUGUACUGAACAAGUGGAAAAUGUGUGAAUACAUGUGGACAAGCUUCCUGCUGACAGACGGUUCCUGUCUUUCCUGAAGUUUUCUAAGAAUUAAAGAUAAAUCUAAGCGCAAUGAGGAAGAAAAUAGUUUAAAUGAGCUUUCAGUAGACGAUGAGGUUCAACAAACGCAAUGGUUAAACACACAGUCACCACCAUGUCAUGUGUGAAUCCUUUCAUCAAACAGGAAACACCCUCCUCCUGUCAUGGUUCAACUUUAGUGUGUACGUGAUUUGGCUAAAAAGCAGCUUGAGAAAGACACUGUUUCAGGCAUAUGGGUUCUGUAAAGCGUCUUGAGACAAUUUGACCUGUAAUUGCUGCUAUAUAAAUAAAUUUAAAUUGAAUUGAA